CCCUACUCCCUUGCUUCCAUGAGACUCCUCAGAGGUUCUUUCUUCUGGAAUUAUCGAUGUGUUGGACGCAGAUUUGUUGUUGCUCAACUCAUGGUCUGCAAAAAGCCCUAUGCAACCUUCUCCAAAUACCUGACAGCCCACAUCAGCAUCCAUUGCCCUUAAAGGAUCAUCAAAGAUAUAGACCUCAGAAUUAGAAUAAACAACUCGUGCCAUGUAUACUCUUUGUAUACUCUUUGCUUCUGGCCUCCACUAAUAUGGAAUCCUUUUUCACCAAUUUCAGUAAGAUCACCACCAGUGAGAAAUUGCAGAUCCUGUUGUAAAGCAGUUACAUCUAUUGCCUUCUCAUAUCUGGAAGGUUCAAACUUCAAACCGAGAGCCAAAUUUUAUGUGUUCACGCAUUGUUGCUUUAAAGACCCCAAAAAAUGGUGGCACACAGGCAACUGUUCCUCUAAUUAGGACACUAGCAUCUGAAACUGCUGGUACCUCAUCAAGCAUUACUACAACUACAACAGUUGGGAGCAAGGAAUCAAGCAUCUCCUUAGUUGGGCUGGGAUGAAACCUAAAUAGAGAGUAGGUAGGAUACUUGUUCAGUCUCUUUUCAGAGACUGACCUAUCAGCAGCAAGCAUAAAUUCUUCUACCAUAUGAUGCACUCCAACAUCGGCAGGAUAAGGCGGGGAAGUAUCAAUCUGAAAUUGAACUUCACCAGGCGCAUGAGCGCAUCAUCAACACUUUUAGAAACAAUUUAAAUGCUCAUUUCUUUCUCUUCAAUUUCUCCGGAUCGCGGAGAGAUAAUGCCUUCAGAUGGCGGUUGCCGCUUAUUAACAUACUCCAAACAGAACGGUGCAGCUUGCGACGUGUGAGAAUCCGCUUGCGAUAGAGUCUGCGAACGGAAAGAUACUGUUCGCUGCGAAGUAGAUAACAGGAACAAAUUGCUGGUGACUCAGACAGAACCUGCGAUGAAAUCUAUGAUCAGACAGAAUUUGCUCGCAAUGAUGAAGAGCCAUGGCCUUUAAAUUGUUGACGACUUGUUCUCGAUACGUCCUCUAGUAUCCCGACAAAAUUUCUGAAAGAGCAAGUUGCGCGUCUCUUCUAUCGAUGUGCGCAAGUCGCACAGCUCGUCCACUGCUGUACGCACCUCCGCUAGGUCACACUCUAUCUUAUCCGGUCGCUUCUCUAUCCUGGAUCGGUUGAAGGUCUUCGACUGGUAGAUCGAUUGUCACUGCUCUGAUACCAAUAGUACGUACACAGAGAAUUGGAGUAGAAAUAUUAUUGAUAUCGUAGAAAACAAGAGGAGUACAACGGAGGCCAAUUCGAGAGGGCCCCUACCUCUCCCAGAUCCCAAUUAUUCCCAAAUUCCAGCCUAACCCUCUCCCUUUUCUAUUCCUUCUAUUUAUUCUUUUCCCAUGAGGCUUCUCCUCAAUCUAACUAAUUACUUGGCCCAGCCCACUUCCUUUUUUAUACCUUAUUAAAAUAUUCAUUACUAUUUCUAUUACUUCUCUCGCCAUAAGCCCAUAAGUUCAGGUCCGUAAUUCCGUAUCAAGUUGUCUAAGCAAGCUUCUUCCUAUGUUUCUUCUCUUGCGUUUCUUUUCUCUUUUUUCGAUGGUUCAACAAAAAAGGAAAAGUAAAGAAGUUGGGACCCAAUGACCCAUGGUGGGAAUGGGGAACCCAAAAGAGAGAUCUUGUUUGGAGGCAGAUAAGGGAAUUGCAUUCCGAAAUAAAAAAGCUGGAAGACCGGAAAAAAGGAUUGGAGGUCUACCUGGAAGAUAGAUCCCAAGAGGCAGAAAAUCUGACCUUUAGAGUUAAAGAUCUUGAAAUAGAGUUGAUAAAAGAAAAUGAGGAGUGUAAAAGGAUUACAAGCAAAAUUAAGAAGUUCACUGAAGCACAUAAGCGUCUUUCUCAUUUACACGAUGAAGUCAAGAGGUCAGAUGCUCAACUUCAAAAGCUUGGUGAAAAACUGAUCUUAAAUGCUAGUGGUGCAAGCGGAGAUGAUUUAAGUUUAAAUGCAGUAACAGAUGGAGAAGCUAAAAGUAUUUGUCCCACUAUCUGUGGCAACAUGAAAAAUAACAUCUCCCCACAUAAGAAAAGGUCACAAGUGAACGUGGCAGAUGGGGAGUCACCAAGUCAAGGUAAUGAGAAGAUAAAAUUGGGAGAUAACCCUUCUCGAAGAAAUAUGCUUCAGAUUCAAUACAGUAAUGAGAAGAAAACGAAGGCAGAUAUUAAUAGCAAAAGUAGUUCCCAGAAUACUGAAUAUGAAGAAAGACCUAAAGGCUGGGGAAAUAUUUCUCCUAACAGGAGAAUAGUAGAAAAGGCCAAGGGUGUUUCUGAUGCUGCUUCCCUUUUGAUGCUGCCUUCAACAGGAAUGGCAGCUCAUGCAACGGAUGAAGUAGAUGUUGAAGUUGUUGAAAUGGAAGAAAAAUAUGAUAUGCUUGAAGAUUCUUCUACAGUAGUGGCUGAAGAGGCUGUUUAUGAUGAUAGAAAGUUGCUUUAUCUACCACCCCCACCACCGCUUCCAACCUAUAAGAAUUCUCUGUCACAGUUCAAUGGUGGAGAUGAGAAUGUAGACGUAGAUGGGGGUGACGAAGAGACAGCUGAGGUGGAUAUAAUUUAAAAAACGUCUCCCAGUUCGAGGGUGAAGAUGAGAAGGUAGACGUAGAUUAGAUGACAAAGAGACUGCUGGGGUGGAUCCGUGGAUAUAAUAUAAUUUAAAUUAUUGUCUUAGCUCUGAUGCUUCUAACUUUAUUGUGGUAUAUAUACUCCUAGUUUUGGGCAUGGCCAUCUUAUAUUUACUUAUUAGUUGGACUAGAGAAACUCACAAAACGAGUCUUGUGCAUGUUUAGGGUGGUUCGGUACGAUAUACUGAAUAUUUUCUUUCAUACCUUUGCCAUA